AAAAGCAAGCGAGCUGGUGGCUAAGAUCCAUGACGAAAACCCGACUUUGUGUUGUGUCGUCUGUUGUGUCGUCUUUUUCCCAGUCUCGGGUUUUCGUCAUGGUUUCGACAAAAGUUCGCGCCAUAUCGUCGUUUCGCACUUCGGAUUCAAUCGUUUUUGCAUCAUCCUCGUUGUUUUCUUUUGAUAGUAAGGGAUGGGGGACGAAUGCGCUCCACUGCACACGCUUCGUGAGUUACUGGACUGGAAAAGUACGGUGAAAUACCGUGGGGAACCUCUCAAAGACAAGAUCGCUGAUGGGGGUACCCCAAAAACGCUCCUGUGUCAUGACAUGAUGGGGGGGUACUUGGAAGACAGAUUCGUCAAUGGAAGCAAAAGUUGCAACAGCUAUCGAUUCUACCACUGGGACAAAAUAGACGUCUUCGUCUAUUUCUCCCAUCACCUGGUCACUAUUCCACCCGUCGGUUGGAUAAACGCAGCUCAUCGACAUAACGUCAAGGUCCUAGGUACCUUCAUAACCGAAUGGGAUGCCGGCUCUGAAGUUCUUGAGAGGAUAAAACGUGACAAUCUCACAGCGGAUGUAGCGACAAGAUUGGCUGACAUUGCCCAUGCGUACGGUUUUGACGGUUGGCUGAUGAACAUCGAAAGCACAAUGGCUGACGGCUGCGGAGCAUUCAUGGAAGAUUUUCUCUCCGCGAUUGCGAGUGCCACUCACAGGAAAGUGGAAGGUUCCAUGGUGCUUUGGUAUGACAGCUUCAUUCACAACGGAGAAUUAAAAUGGCAGAAUGAACUAAAUGACUAUAACAAAUCGUUCUUCAAUCUUUGCGACGGCAUCUUCCUCAACUACGGAUGGACCGCAGAAAAUCUUGAGAAGUCCGCCGAGGUCGCCGGGAAGCGGAAAGCCGACGUCUACGUUGGAAUCGACGUUUUUGCGAGAAACACAGAGUACCCUGGUGGUUUUGAAACAUGCAAGUCCGUGGAACAAGUGAGGAAGCUUGGUCUGUCGGCCGCCAUAUUUGCUCCUGGCUGGGUUUACGAGACUCAGGAAAAAGAUAAAUUCACGGAGAAUCAGUGCAGGUUCUGGAAUUUUCCCAAAGAGCUCUGUAGGUCCCAGUUCUCCUCUCUUCCAAUAGUAACAUCCUUCUGUCAAGGAUUUGGACGCAAGAUGUUUGAAGCUGGCAAAAUAGUGAGUAAUGAGCCCUGGUUCAACCUGAGUAAGCAACAGCUUCAGCCUGUAUGUCAAAGCCUGAAUGAUGAAACGGGAAAGAGACAAGUCGAUGUCUGUACUGAGGAUGCAUUCUAUGGAGGCGGAUCUCUCAGGAUCCAUUUCUCACCCAGAGAAAGUUCUCAGUUCAGACUAUUCAGCUGCAACGUGUCAAUAAACGACAACCUACGUGUCUGCUACACGUUAAAGCCAUUGGAUACUGCGAAGGAAGACAAUAUAUUUCUUGUCCUGGUACUGAAAGACAAAGAAAAUUGCAAGAGACGUCUUCUGUUGGGCUCUGCUGAUGGUCACGACAGACAACCGCGGGAGGAAAAUGUCACCGUGGUCCUUGGUAAUCGUAAAACUGAAGAGAUUCACAAUGGGUGGAUCACACGAAACUACGUCUUGAGGAAGUACAGCGGCUUCUCUUUGAACAAAAUUUGUCUCGGCUGCGAUAGCCCAAUAUCGCGGACGUGCUUGCUCGGCCAGAUGAUGAUACUCCCAGCAAAAGAGUAAUGGAAAAGCAGAAUAAAACUUGCUCAGUGCA